AUGAAGGAAGUCAGCUUGGAGGAUGCGCUGGAGGCAAUUCGCUCUGACAAACAAAAGGAUCGGACAGAUGGGCUUGAAGAUCUAAAACAUAUCCUUCUCCAGAGCAGACAAACACCUAAAUUGAACAAUCUGGGUGACAAAAACUAUCACAAAAUUUUCGAGGCUCUGUUCCGGUUUAUAUCAAUCGAGAAGUCUUUCUAUAAACGCACAAAGUCGUCCAUUUCCAAAUCUACCUCUGCGUCGAGGCUCACAAGUUGCGCAUCUGCCCUUCGGACGACGGUUGAGUUAGGAGUCCAGAGGAUACGCUUGAAAACUGUCACGGCUCUGCUAUAUCAUAUUACCGAUGCGCUCCCAAAUCCGGAAGACGCCCUCUGGGAGCCACUCAGUGGGGACUACAUAAAGAUUUUAAGGAUAACAUUACAAUAUGCGCCCCAUGUAGAGCAUUUGAGCAAGGAUGAUUGGCGUCAUCUGAUUGAUUUUUGCCUUCGAGCCAUCGGCGUUAUAGAACCCAGUCAGGGACACCAGCUGAGCAUCCGAAGUCGCUCUCGUCUUCCGUCUGAGAGUCUGGAUGAACCAAACAGUCGUGCCAAUUCAGUCGAACCAGGCUCUUUUCGACGUAGUCGAAAUUCCCGUUCUGAUGCCACUGGAAAUAACGAAGAACUAGAGACCUGUAUUCAAUUACUAUGCUCCUGUCCGAUAAGCCCCGUCCUCGAUAACGCGGGGAAGCUGCUCAAUGGCCUGGUGGACUAUCUAUUGUCGCUUAAUAGCAUAUCGAGGGCUCCUUAUGCAGCAUUUAGAGCACUGAAUGCUGUCCUUUCGAAAUCCGUCACAGAUGACAUCACUCUAGUUAGAGACAUUCUUUUGGAUGUAAUUCCGAUAAUCAAACGGUUCUGGCGUACGAAAUCCGCUGCCUUAAGAGAUGAGAUGCUCAUAACUUUGAUGCUGGGGAGACCCGUAUUUCUACAAAUUGGUCUGUCAUACCCACCAGAUUCGUUUGUCGAGUUACUUCAAGGCCUCCUCGAGAGAAUCUGUCAAGAGUACAUGAGGCAACCUGAAAAGGACCUCAUGCAGGUUGACGACUUGGUAUUUAGUUUCGACCCAAUUCCUCGACCUUUGGGGAUUCGGACAAUGGCUCCGCGUCUCGGUGUCCCUAGGUCUGAGCAAAAUUGGACAACCCUGCAAGUAAUUGCUAAUCUUUCCACGCUUUUGGACAAAUUAUGCCACACUCUAGAUGAAAACUCACAAGCAGUGGGAAGGCCUAAUAAAAAACUACAUCUCCUUUCAAGGUUAUCGGAUAUUGUUCGCGAAGCCUCAACCUCUACGGGGCUAGCCAGAAUAUGUGCACUGCAGCUACUUCCGUUUGUGUUAUUAGAUUGGGAGCCGGGAGUUGACGAGCUCUUAUCAACUCUUGAACAACUCACUGUAAACAUUCUAGACGAAAACGGGUCAUCUGCGUCAUGGACUAUGAUAGCAAUUGCAAGCAUAGCUAGCUGUCCAGCAGCUAUGUCACCGGAACUACGACCUCUGUGGACUCAGGUUUGGGACUUGGCUUCCCGCACCCUAGCCUCGCCCACCACAUCCAGAGCUUCCUGCCAUUUAAUGACGGCAAUCCUGCAUUUCAAAUUGCUGGACUACUCAAGUAUUGUGGAUACAAUAGAAUUAAUGACGUCCUCUAUUGAUCUCAACGGUCCGGCUGGCCUGACCGAUUCUGCCCUGCUGAUGUGGGCAACGAUGGUGGAAUUCCGAACAAAGAUCAAUCCCGCGCAGAAUCAAGAUAUGUCAAAACAAAUUUGUGCAUGGAUAAGAAAUAGUUGGAAUUUGACUGAUCGCAUUCAUACGAUGCAAGUCGCCACUUUUGCAAGACCUCUAGACCUUUUGAAUCUCCUAAUGAGCUGCACUGGGAGAUCUUUCCAAUUCGCGUACCCUGCUCCUCCAGGACCACUUUGCAGGAUCUCCAAAUAUUUCUUCGACCUUCGUCAUGAUUAUGAGCUGAUUGAGUAUCUGCUGCUUAUUAAAAAGCAAGGACGUUCUAAUGAGACUGCAACAGAUAUCGGCAGUCCUCCUUCUGUUGGAUCUUCUGUGAGACAACAUCCUAACGACCAGGUUGUUUUGGAGCUGCUGCAGACAAAAAUAGACAGCUUCAAUGAAAUUUGGACCCAGCUAUGCAACGACAAGCGUCAACAUGUUACAGUUGAAAUCAUCCAAAUAUUGGUAUCUCUCUGUUUAACCAGCACUAUCUUUGCAGAGUUGCUUCCGAUACCUGUUUCAUUUCGCUGUCAAUCUCUACAAAAAAGUACCGAAAAACUCUGGACAAGUUUCUGUGGCUAUUUCGCCAAGAAGGAAGUGGAAUUUCUCCACGCGUGCUUGGAUAUUCUCUCCCCGAUUAUUCUGCCAUUGAAGCUGUCACUUGACACCAAAGAUCCGAUUUUGAAUGCGGUGCAUCGGAUGACCCCCGGGUUGGUUUCCGUUUUCGAUCAUCACCGCAAGGCGGAACUGGACCUAUCUCACUCCACGACGGAGCCGAUGGAUCUGGAUAUUCAAUUUUCAUCUAAAGAAAGUCACACUAGGGAAAAUGACCUGACCCCUAAAUUUGAUCGAGAGGACACGCCUUCUUACGGUGACCAGAAUUCAAUCCGCCGCGCAACAGCAACUCAUCUAUUUAUACUACAUCACUUUUACGAGGCAAAAAAGAACUUAGAAGUCCCUACAAAUGAGACCUUGGUCAGCUAUAUCACAUCCCUUGACGAGGCGGACAUUCUAACUUGCCGAACUAAUUUAGCGGUUCUUCUCGGGAGCUGGCCAAAUAUCUCUAGGUCUGACGCCUGCAUUUUGCUCGAGUUUUUUGGAGAAAAGUGCCUACAGUCAUACGAGCUUGAGAGGUGUGAGGGGACGUUAUCCCUGUGUAUUAAUUUGAUGAUUUCUUUUGUUGACCUCUGGACCGCUGAGGAAGACGAUGAACUUUUCGAAUCCGCAUCAGAUCUUUACGACUGGUUUACUGGUGUCAUAGUUCGUAAAAAGCUCGGGUCUUCAAGAGUUCUGAUUCGGAUUGCUAGAUUAAUGGAAAGUGUUUUGCGAACAAAUCCACUGUUUGGUAGGGAAAAUUCACGCCUCUCACCCCGUACAAGCUUAUUUAAAAUCCUUUAUGAUGGAGAUUUGACAGUUAAGUUCCACUUGUCUAAGAUCAUUCCGUCAGUGUUCGAUCGGUUUAUAUUGAAAGAAUAUGAUGUUAUAUUUGAUGAUAUCCUCGAGAGUCUUCCUCGAGACCCCGACUGGAACGAGGGCAUUGCACUACGGCUAUACGUCCUGGCACAGUUAGCAUCUAAAUGGCAUACCCUCCUUCGCCGCGGAAUAUAUCACAUAUUUGAAGCGCCAGGGCAACUUCCUAAGUCAUCCCCCUAUGCGAAAGCUUGCUUAAAGGAAGUCGCAAAUUCUCUUGGUCUCAACAAUGCCAAAGAAAUAUUCAAACUUUUUGCGCCACAGAUGAUUUAUACGUGGUUGGAAACGGAGUCUUUGGGGUCUAUUCCAUUCACUAUAUUCGGUUAUGAGACGUUCAAUGAGCUGCUGAUUGACGUCAAGGAUGAAGUUGUAGCCCAAAUUGUGAUGCGUGGCAAGGACGAUGAGAUGGCCGGGGUUUCAUCGUAUUUAAGUGUGCCAUUCCCAGAAUUGCUUGAAGAAUCCUUUUACAAAGCCGAAGCAUACUGUAUUGCACGCGACAUCAGUAUUCCACCUUCCCAAGACAGUCAGCCGAAGGGAACAGAAAGUCGUAUCAAGAAACUUCUGGGCCCUGAAAAGUUUGUCUCCCUGCUGGAGAGAUUCUUUCCUGAGACGGUCGCUGUAUUUUUUAAAUGUGUUGAUCAAACGGAGCAGAUAGAGAGAGGUUUCGAAAAGCGCCCCCCGUUUAAAUUUGCUCUAGAUAUCUGGAGAGACAUUGGUGAGAGAAGCUCAUCCUCGGCGGCACUCCCUGCCAGCCAACAGCCAUCUUUCCGAGCCAGAUACCUCCUCGAUGAGUUUGAGUUUCUGUGCGCACGGAGUGGAUAUGACCUUGAGACGAUGUGGACGCCCGCUUUAGUUUGUUUCGUUGCGAGAACAUUGAUAGAAUCCAUCCACCCCUCCCUGGGCUCUCUCCAUGCCUGUUCUGUCAUCCGGAAACUUAAAAUUCUUAUCUGCAUCGCUGGGCCUGUAGUUCUUGAAGAAUACCCAUUGGAGAUGCUUCUACAUUUUCUAAGGCCCUUUCUUUCUGAUUUUCAUUGUUCAGGAGAUGCCAUUGGACUCUUUUGGUAUCUCAUUGAUAAAGGCAGAUCGUAUCUACUUGAAAACCCCUCUUUUAUGGCAGGACUGGGGGUGUCAACUCUUGUCUCGCUCCGAGGGUUUCUUUCCUCUUCUCAAAAGAGCACUGCCCAAGAAACACAUUUUCAUUCCUCACUAUCGAACGCUCAAAUGUUCUACGACUGGUUUGCAAAAUUUAUGAACGAAUAUAUAUCUCCGAAACUUAGCCGAGAGUCAGAGAAGUCGUUUCGAAAUCUUGUCGGCUCUUCUCAGCGUAUUCAAUUAGCUGGAAACGCUUCGAAGGGGACGUAUGAGGGUGAAUUUAUGGCAGGUCUUUUGCAAGAUAGCGCCAGCGGGAAGGGAUUAUUGAGUGUUCCAGCGACAGAUUUGAUCUUUUCUCUUGUCUGCAAUGAUUUCCAAAGGCCAAACAACUUCCGGGAUGAUAUUUUGGGGGAUGACAAGAUUGCUGCGGAGAACGCGAUAACGGUUUGGAAGUCCAUCCAACACCAAGACCACAGUUCUGGUUAUCGUCUCUGGGCGGCUCGUGCAUUGGGCCGAGCAUAUGCGUCAACCGGUGUAAUUGACGGCUCGAUGCUCAAGGAAACGCGAUCCAUUUCCUUUGACGAUAUACCCGAAUGCAUUAGAUUUACGUCCAAGUUUUCCAUUAUCCGCAUGCUUUGUGACUCGCUAUUUUCAAAUAGCCGCAAAGACAUUGGCCUUGCAGAGCAGGCUUUACAAACCAUCUUUACUCGAUUCCCUUCGGACCCUAAUCUUGGAGAGUGCGCAGCGGCAAUUCCUCCUUCAACGAUGAAAGCUCUUACCUGGACACCGUAUAUAUGCCCUGACCUGUCUUUGACUGCUUCUCAGAGAACUCAGUUCAAUCAUGAUAUUCGAUGGAUUCCAGAUGUACCUGUCGACGAAUGGGCCCGUGAUGUAACUCUUUGCCUAACAAAUAAGGAAGCCGCCGACCCCAUAAUGGGCGCAUUGCCAAAAGUUCUUUUUGAAAUACCAUCUCUAGCCGUGAAACUCUUACCAUGUGUUGUGCAUGAUGUGUUAGUCUCUGAGUAUGAGGACAGACAGAGUUCUCGCCAAGCUAUCUCCGAAGUGUUUCGACAAGCAUUCCGCGAUGUUCGAGAAACUGUAUUUCCACACAUCCGGCUCAUCAUACACUGCAUUCUCUACCUCAGACAUCAGAAAAUUCCCCAUGAGUCAACUAUGAACCAACGAGACGCCUGGCUCGAAAUCGACUACUUGGAAGCCGCCAAUGCAGCCACGCAGUGUCAAAUGUAUAAGACUGCUCUUCUUUUUGUGGAAAUACAUUUCUCGCGAACACCCUCAACUCGACGAUCGGCAAUUUCCAAAUCAUCUGACUCGUUACUGCUCCUUCAUGACAUCUUUAAAAGCAUCGAAGAUCCCGAUCUCUUCUACGGAAUCCAGCAAAGUGCCACUCUGGACUCGGUCCUUGAAAAGGUUCAACAUGAGAGUGCCGGACUCAAAAAUUUGACAUUCCAAAGUGCUAAUUAUGAGACCGACAUGAAGCUUUUUAACUCAAUUGGAGAAGUAAAUGCCCUUGGAGUUAUAAAAGCUCUGAAUUCCACAAAUUUCCAAGGGGUUGCAAGUGCCAUGUUUGCGGCACCUAGCGGUAUUGGGAAAAGGGCUGAAGUCUUUGAAAGCAUGCUUUCAACUUCACUGUAUUUACAACAGUGGGAUAUACCACUGCCUUCCACCACUGCCUCCGCAAACGGGAAUGUUUUCAAAGUUCUUCAAAGUUUGAAUUCCUCUGACAACAAGAUGCAAGUGGUUCGAACGUUGGACGAUUGCUUCUCAGAGAUCCUUAGCCGCCUGUUAGAAGAGAACCAGUCAAAGGUCGAGCUUCGCACUAUGAUGAGGGCUUUAGGCGUGUUAACCGAAGUUGACGAAGUCCUGAGCUCUCAAACUCCCGAAGACUUGCAGGAUGAAUGGGAACGAAUGCUAUCGAGGAGUUCAUGGCUGAAGUUCGAGAGUUUCUGCGAUGUAAACCUGAUUCUUUCGAGCCACGAAGCUUUAUUCUCGUCAAUCAAACGGAAACCUCACCUUAGAUCCAUGCUUGGUCUAAGCUCCCGUGAUGCCCAGCUAUUGGAGGUUAAGGCUAUUCGAGAAUCCCUCAAGAUAAGCAGAGAACACGACGAACAUCAAGCAUCUUUGAAAUCUGCGAUAUCUCUGUGUAAAUUAAUUCAGCCAUGUGCCGACUUGGGUGUGUUCAUUGAUGCUGCAGCCACGUUUGACUUAGCAAAUGUGCUUUGGGAUCAAGGGGAGAUGACGACAUCAAUUCAGAUAUUACAGCAGCUCAACGAACAAAAAGAUCUCCCGAAACAAUCUAUUCCUGUGAAUAAGGCAGAAGUGUUGGCUAGUCUAGGUCACCACGUUGCGGAAGCUAGGUUGCAGAAGCCGGAUACAAUUAUUCAGGAGUAUCUAGUUCCUGCGAUGAAGGAAUUGAAAGGCAACUUUGAAGGAGACGAAGCUGGGCGGGUGUUCCAUGAGUUCGCUUCUUUCUGUGAUCAACAAUUGCAAAACCCAGACGGACUUGAAGACUUUAGAAGAAUCGAACAGAUCCGCCAUCGAAAGGAGAAAGAAGUAAUGGAUCUAGAGCAAAUGAUGAAAUCAGCUGGAGGUAAAGAGCGAGAUCAACUUCGCAUCCACAGAAUCAAAGCAAAACAAUGGUUUGAACUCGAUGACAAUGAGUACCAAAGGCUGAAGAAAAGCCGGGUAUCUUUCCUACGCCAGUGUCUAGAAAACUAUCUUCUUUCGCUGCGGGCUUCUGAUAUGUUCAAGAACGAUGUUUUACGAUGCUGUGCUCUCUGGUUAGAUAACUCCGAGAGUGAAGCAGCCAAUGAAGCUGUCGCAAGAUAUAUCAGCACGGUCCCAAGUCGGAAAUUUGCACCGCUAAUGAAUCAAUUGUCGUCGCGUUUGCUUGAUGUUGAGGAUACUUUUCAACCUUUACUGUCAGAGCUCAUUUUUCGGAUUUGCGUGGAGCACCCCUAUCACGGGAUGUAUCAAAUGUUCAGCAGCAGUAAAUCUAAAGUGGGGAAAGACCUUAUGUCGAAUUCCCGCUACAGAGCAGCCAACAUCUUGGUUGACCGACUGAAAAAUGAUCCGAAAGUACAGAGCACCUGGAUCACGCUGCAUAACACAAAUAUCAGCUAUGUUAGAUUUGCUAUGGACAAACUAGAUGAUGGACUCAAGAGUGGUUCGAAAGUUGCUCUUAGGAAAUCGGUUACUGGACAGCGGUUGGAACAAGACAUCAGGAGGCAACACAUUCCACCCGCCACGAUGAAAAUUGACCUCCGGGUUGAUUGCGAUUACAGCCAUGUUCCAAGAAUUGAGAAAUACCUCCCAGAAUUCACUGUCGCUUCAGGUGUCAGUGCCCCCAAGAUUGUUACCGCUAUUGCCUCAGAUGGUCUAAAGUAUAAACAACUGUUCAAAGGUGGAAAUGAUGACUUGCGGCAGGACAGUAUUAUGGAACAAGUCUUUGAACAAGUCAGCAAUUUACUGCGGGAUCAUCGAGCCACCCAACAGCGCAACUUGGGAAUCCGAACAUAUAAGGUGCUUCCGCUUACAGCUAACGCCGGCAUCAUCGAAUUUGUGCAAAACACCAUUCCUUUACACGACUAUCUCAUGCCUGCCCAUCAGAGGCACUAUCCCAAGGAUAUGAAACCCAAUGCCUGCCGCAAGAAUAUCAACGAUGCCCAACCAAGAACGUUAGAGUAUCGAGUAAAGAUUUUUCGUCAAGUAACGGAUCACUUCCAUCCGGUCAUGAAAUUCUUUUUCAUGGAAAAAUUCAAAGAGCCGGAUGACUGGUUCAGCAAGCGCCUCGCUUACACGCGAAGCACUGCUGCUAUCUCCAUGCUAGGCCAUGUGCUCGGUUUGGGUGAUAGGCAUGGGCACAAUAUCCUUCUCGAUGAGGGAACUGGUGAGGUGGUUCAUAUUGAUUUAGGUGUUGCUUUCGAACAAGGGCGUGUCCUACCAAUCCCGGAGAUGGUUCCAUUCCGCCUAACCCGCGAUCUUGUUGAUGGAAUGGGCAUCACCAAGACAGAGGGGGUGUUCAGACGCUGUUGCGAAUUCACCCUCGAGGCUCUCCGCCAAGAAUCAUAUAGCAUUAUGACUAUUCUAGACGUCCUGCGUUAUGAUCCGCUCUACAGUUGGUCACUAUCCCCGCUGCGCAUUAAAAAAAUGCAGGAUACACAGCAGGCGGCUGGGGGCGCGGAUCAGGCCAGCGAAGGCGGCAAAAGCAAGAACCCCAAGGAACCCAGUGAGGCCGAUCGGGCUUUAACUGUUGUUGCGAAGAAGCUUGGGAAAACCCUUAGCGUUGCUGCUACGGUUAAUGAGUUAAUUCAGCAAGCGACAGAUGAGCGUAACCUUGCGGUUUUGUAUUCCGGUAAGCCAUUUCGCCGUGGUUCAUCCGUUACAGAUGUGAUACUAACCCUUAUUCUAUCUCUCAGGUUGGGCUGCAUAUGCAUAGAUACCUCGAAUUAUUUUGCCGAUUAUUUUUCUGUUGUAUGGUGA